AUGCCGCUCAACCGUGAAUUGCUAUAGUAACGUUAUAAAAAUUUCCAUAUUUUUCUCGGAAUAUUUUGCCACCAUAUAGUGUCUCAAAGAUUACCUCAUGUGUUCAAGCAUGCAUAAAUUAGUGCCUCUCCGAGAUUCAAAAUAAUUAUCUGCGCGUGUUGUACGUAAAACAAAUAUAUACCGUAGAACCUCUGUUAUUCGAACAUCAUAAUUAAUCAAAUGAACGCUCGAUUAUUUGAACAGUGUCAGGAAACAAAAAUAUAUGUCACUCAUCGUCUGCAGCGAGAUCCGAGCGGUGAAUAUAUCAUGACGAAAAUGUUGCUUAGUUAUAGUGGAGAAAGGAGCAGCAAGUGUGUGAAAAGUGUCACGCCUUGACUUCCGACUAAUUGCCAAUGUGAUGUUGUCGUAAUGUCCCUCACUUUGAGAACAAACAGAUGGGCCUCAAGAAUAAUCAUUAUAUUACAUCUGGUCAUCUGGAACGCAGUCGGUAUUAUCCUUCUUCAAAAAGGCGUUAGUAUUUUGCGGAAGAGAAUGCUGGAAACUGGCCACAUUAUCGAAACAAAUUCAUCGAUCGGUUUGUCUAUUGAAUCCAUCACGUCUAUAAAAAGCGCCGAAAAUGAAUAUGAUCUUGCCAUAGCAUCCGCCCAGCAACAAUUGAUCAAUCGGAAUGAGAAGAUAAUAAUUCGCGUAGAUCCAGAAUUGUCUCUACGAAAUAAUAGAAAUUAUCCUGAAUUGAACGCAAUUAGAAACGAGUUUGAAAUCGCUUCGGAAGAGAAACGAUCUGCCCUGUUCCCAUCAAAUUCUUUUGAAAAUUCAACGAUUGAUGGACAAAAAUUGCGAGUAGAAAAUCAUUUAACGAAAAUAAAUCGUAUCGAUGAUCAUCCUGAAAAUAAAAGCGCGUCGAGCAAAAUCUUGAGGAUAGCUCGCGAUAGGGAGGAACACAUCUUCAGCAAAAUUUUAAAAAAUAUCCACACGGAAGAGAACAUCACACGUAUAGGAUCCAUUUCGGAAUCCAAGGAGGAGGAGAAUCGUGAUGCGAAAAGGAAGGAUCUCAAUUCCGUGGAAAACAAACCGAAAUCUUUUACUCGCGAAAACACCGGCCAUCAAGCGAUGAAUAGUAGUCUUUGGAGGAGCAAUAGUGACAGGAUAAAAUUCUCUAAUAAAGGCGGCGCGGCAACGGCAGUCACCAUGGUAGCGAUCGGAGCAAUUAUGUUGCUGGUAGGACCGGUCGUGAUUAUUUUACGCAUUCUGGACGAGAGGAAGCAAGCGAGGAAAUUACACGCUUUGUCGGCCGCUGUGGGGGAAGAUUUGCCGCCAUCUUACGAACAGGCCGUCUUCUCGAGCGAAGCGCCAAGAUAUUCGUCGCUCGCUUUAAAUGACGAUAGCUCGUUACCGUCCACACCACCACCCUCACCCACCCUCGUCUUUACGAAUCUCGUAAUUAAGCCACAUUCCACGUAGAGAAUUAUCGUUACCUUUUUAUACAUAUACGUAAUAAAAUGUCUGUAUUAUUGUAUAAUAAUAAAAAUGAGUGCGUGCAUGUGUGUGUGUGUGUGUGUGUGUGUGCAAAAUAUAAUUAACAGCGAAAGCGAUAAAUCUAUUUUUACCCACGAAUGCAUAUAAAGUCAUAUUAUUUUGCGAAUAAUUCAUAUUUAGUGUUGCAUUGCACAUUAUGUAACGAGAAUAUCUUUAUUUUAUAUACAUAUAUUGCGAUAUCCAAUAGGGAUAUAACGCUGUAUGUAUAAGAGAAUCGAUAAUAGUCUGUAAAAUAUAUUUUGUAAUUUUUAAAAAUAUCUAAUAAACUAAUAAUAAUAUUAAUAAUACAAAA